CAGCUUUUCCUUUUCUGUCACCGGCACACACUCCAUGGCGUCCUUGCAUGAUCCCGUUAAGCUUCCCUGCGGGCUGGUCUUUCCGAACCGCCUAGCCAAGGCUGCAAUGGCCGAGGCAUUGGCCGGGUCAGGCAAUGAGCCAACUCCAACGUUGCUGAAGGCAUACGACCAAUGGGGACAAGGAGGUUGGGGGGCUCUCCUUACAGGAAAUGUCCAGGUGGAUGUGGACCAUCUCGGAAACCCUUGGGAUCCUGCCUUGCAUGCUGAGUACACAGGACAAGAAGGCAACGAGGCUCUAGUUGCACGCUGGAGUCAGUACGCCAAGUCGUGCCAGCAACAUGGCACUCCGUGUAUCGUACAGGCCUGCCAUCCUGGCCGACAAACGCCCCGGGCUGCAGGCCGCAGAGGCGUCUUGGCUCCGUCAAUUGCACCUAGUGCGAUUCCUCUUGAUAUGGGUGAUGGCUUGGUGCAGCGUCUGCUCACCUGGCUCGUUUUUUCGCCUCCCCGAGAAAUGACUCAGGUUGAUAUCGACCGAGUCACUCGUCAAUUUGUGGACACGGCCCGUCUGAUGGCCGACAGCGGAUUCUCCGGAAUCGAGCUACAUGGAGCACAUGGUUACUUGAUUGACCAAUUCUUGAACGCCAAGUCCAACAAACGCACUGAUGGAUAUGGCGGGACGGCAGAGAAGAGAGCCAAAUUUGUGGUCGAUAUGAUCCACGCGAUCCGCGACGUGGUGCCGCCGACUUUUGCUAUCGGCAUCAAGCUCAACUCUGCUGACCACAGCUCCUCGACGUUUGAAGACACGAUGACCCAGAUCGGACUUCUCAUCGAAGCGGGCAUUGACUUUUUGGAAGUCAGCGGCGGCAGCUACGAGAACCCAACGAUGAUGGGACCCGAGAAACGCCCGAGCACUGUUGCCCGCGAGGCGUUCUUCAUUGAGUUUGCCACCGAAACUCGUAAGCGCUUCCCGGAUCUUGUGCUUAUGCUGACUGGCGGCUUCCGGACCCGUGCUGGCGCCAUGUCUGCUUUGCAGCAGAAUGCAUGCGACGUGGUGGGAAUUGGACGCCCGGCUGCGAUUGAGCCGAAACUGCCAUUGGUUCUGAUGGAUGAGAGCAUUUCGGACGAAGAGGCGCAGUUGGUGCUGAACCGAGUUCCGAUGCCGUUCCUUGCACGGUUGAUUUCACUGAAGGGGAUUGGAGCUGGAUUGGAGAGUUCCUUCUAUGCGAAGCAGAUUAAGCGGAUCGCGAUGGGAUUGAAGACAUUCCUCCCGUAGGGCUGCUGUGUCGAAGGAUGAGACUAUACAUAUAUAACAGAGACACUAG